CAAAUGACGACAUCUUCUUCUUUCACUCAAAUCAAACGAACCACAUUGCUCCCUUUCUUUCUCUCUCUCUCUCUCUCUCUCUCAUCCUCUAUAUAUAUAUGUUCCACAAACGGCGACCCCUACCAUGUUCCAAAUUCAAAGCUAAAAAAUUAUUAAAAAAAAAAAAAAAAAACUCCCAAUCCAGUUGUAGUUCUUUCUUUCUUUCUCUCAGGUUUUAGCUAGGCUUUCUUACUCUCUUUUUUUUUUUCCUUUUUCCCCUUUUUUAUUUUUAUUUUUAUUUUUAGUUUUUGUGGUUUGGAAAAAAUGGACUACUUUCCUAGUACUAACUCUAGCUCUUCUGUAUCUUCUUCGAUGGUGGCAAACAACAACAACAACAACAACGGUAAAGAGAAGAAGAAUAAGGCUAAUAAUAAUAAUAACGGAGGGAAGAGAAACAAAGGAGUGAAACUCUCUACUGAUCCACAAAGUGUCGCAGCUAGAGAGAGAAGACAUAGGAUUAGCGAUCGGUUUAAGAUCUUGCAGAGUUUGGUUCCUGGUGGUGCUAAGAUGGACACGGUUUCCAUGUUGGAAGAAGCUAUUCAUUAUGUCAAGUUCCUCAAAACCCAGAUAUGGCUUCACCAAACCAUGAUCAACCAUGUUGAUGAUGAUCAUCCUGCUACUGUAGCACCAUCAACGGCUAUGUUUGACCAGCUUCCGAUGACGACGACGACUUCUUCGACUUCUGGUUCUUUUCCUUCUCAUCAUUAUCAUCAGGAUGUUCUUUAUGGACAGAACAGUAGUAUUGGGAAUUCGGUGCAACCUCAUGAGGCCAUGCCAUUGCCGAAUUCUUGCUUCCAUGGUCAAGAAAUCAUGUAUGUUGUUGAUGAUGAGUAUAUGAAAUACUAGUCCCUUUCUCUCUUUUUCUCUCUCACUCUUUUGAGGUAAAUUAUAUAUGUGUACUUUGAUGUGUAUUGGUAUGUUUGUAGUUUAGGUUUUAUAUGAUUUGGGUAAGGUUAUAUAUGAUUAAUGAAUUAUGGCCCUGUGAUCGAUCAUGAUAAUAUUUAUGGGGGUAAAAAAAGGAUCUCUUUGUAGCUCUUUUGCUUGAUUGGUUUGUAUUAAGCUUGUGGACUCUAGUACUGCUUAUUAGUUAUUCAUCCACUCAA